UUAUUUACUCGAUUUGUCGGAUAUUAAUAUUUUUCAUUUUCUAAAUUAAGUGAAAAAUAUAUAUAUUAUAUUAACCUCAGGGUCGCAGAGUUUUACAUGUCAGUUAAUUAUAGGAGCAUCAUCCUUUGUUAUUAAUCUUAUUGUUUAAAUUAAGGAGGGUAGUAUUGUAUCAAUGCCGCCUCAAAGGUAUACACACGCUAUAGUAGCAAGAAUUUCAGACACCAUAAAGAAGAAUGGUGAAUUUGAUUAUGAUAAAGCAAAACAACAGCAUCAAAACUUCUGCUCAUUGUUACGAGAUAUUGGUUUGGACGUCAUUGAGUUGCCGCCAGAUGAAACGUUACCGGAGGGUGUUUUUGUAGAAAAUGCGGCAAUAAUAUGCAAUGGAGUAGCUUUAAUGAGUAAAUCGGACAACUUAUUUCGACAAAGGGAGGCGGACAGUAUGGAAAUCAUUCUAAAGAAAGAGCUUGAUAUCCCUGUGGUUAACCCUAACAUCCCAAAUGCAAUAUUGGACGGGGGAGAUGUUUUAUUUACGGGUCGUGAAUUCUUUGUGGGCAUAUCCAACUAUACAAACGAAGAUGGCGCAAAAUCUGUUGCAGUUGCUUUUCCCGAAUAUCCUGUAACGCCAAUCAAGGUUAGUGGGAAUAAACGUCUUAAGUAUUAUGUUGCAAUGGCUGGUCCAGAUGUAUUAUCUGUAAGUACAAGUAUCUACUGCCAGGAAAUUGUUAAACGGAUGGAACGAGAAGCAAGUUUUAAGUAUCAAAAAAUUACUCUGCCUGAGGAAUAUGCUGCCAAUAUGAUAUAUGUUAACGGCUUUCUUAUACAUCGAUCGCCCGAGGAAAUUCCUGCUUCUUAUAAGGUUAUUAAAGAAAAAAUUGACACACCAAGCCGAAAUAUAAAUAUUAGCGAAUUUGGACAAUUCUCAAGUGGUCUAACUUCGGCUUGCCUGUUAUUGCGUCGAUGGAAAUCAAUAAGAAAUAUUUAAAUAAUACUACAGUUACGCUCGAAUUGUGGUUAAUAAUCAGUAGAAGUAAUUAUUUCCGCCAAUAGUUGUUUAAUUAAAUAUACAUAUAUAACUGUGACAAGCCUAUUCAAUUUAAAUUAUUUAAAUAUAUGCUUACAAUGUUAUAUUAUUAUCUAGUUCAAAUAUAUAUACACAUAUAAAAAUAUAUUGUAUAUAUUACAAAAAAUUGUUAUAAAAUAUAAAUUAAUAUUUCUAAUAUAAGAAAAAUUCCAUUUUGAAACAACACAUUUCAUUAAAGUCAUCGGCAAAAAGCAAAGGGAAGGUAUAUGGUUGGUUCGGGUUGUUCAAUAAUUACUGCAGCUCUGUUACUUCUUUCAUUGUGUGCACUCAUAUGAAUGUUGGUACCGAUAUUAGCUAUUAUUAAUCUAUUUUUAACAGUCUGUUGUAGUAGUAUAGAACUUCAACUUAUGUAUGGUCUUUGAACAUUGAAGAUAGCUCAAUUUUAGCUCUGACCAUUCCUCAAUCAAAUUGGUAUGAAAAUCCAAUAACCACGUUAUUGAAUAAACACACUGCUUUGUGCAACUUUUAAACCAUACUCAAGCUCAAAAUGCUGAGUAGAAGAGCACAUUGGAUUUUCGUGGCAAUCUAAGAGGGAAAUAAAAAAAAAACAGAAUAUAUUAGAGAAGAAGAAUAAGAAGAAACGUUAAGUUCGGUUGCACCGAAGCUAUAAUACCCUUCACAAAUAAAAAGUUUUCCACACAAGAGUUUGACCUUGAUCAUUCGACUUGUAUGGAAGAUAUCGGUGGUUCCGACAAAUGAGAAGUUUCUUGUAGAGAAAAGGAUGUUUGCAAAAUUUCGGCUCUGUUCAGCUCAUCAUAUUUUAUUAUGUCUCCCACGUUUCCUUCUGGGUGUCAGCUUAUAAAAAUGAAACAGUUGAAAAUAAUUCAUUCAAUACUUAUCUGCCUAAACUCAAGGCUGCUAAAAUUAUUGGCAAUUCGCUCUGGAAAGCAGCAAGAAAUACGACUAACAAAAUAACACAUGUCGCACCAAUAAAGAUAAACGACUCUACUAUAUAGGCAAAAACAAUUAAACAAAUGAAUGAAAGAAAUUGUAUUCGCAAAUCGCACCGAUAUUACCCAUUAACUAUCAUCAUUAAAGUACCUCACAUACAAUCACCAAUCAUGUGGAGCAGAGUCAGCCGAAUGUUCGAAAAUCCUAGGUCAAGUUUUCGCUCAAAUUUGUCCAUUUUAGGCCCAAAGAUACACUCAUGAUUAAAACACGCUCUCGCAAUUUCAGUAAGAUAAAUGAAAUAUUGACUGAUAUAUCCAGCAUAAAGUCACCUUGAAGUUCGAAAAUCUUUAUAUUAGGUAUAUGGGGGCUCAGGAAAGUAUUGGCCCACUUUUUGACAUACAGACACCGAUAUUUUCGGUCGAAAGUCAACUAUAGACACUGGAGUCCUAUCGGUACCUAUUUUUGGUCAAAAGGUGCCAUACUUUAAGGGAAUUAUUACUGCAAAGUUUUAUUCCGUUAUAUUAAUCACUUCUUGAUUUGUGUACUGGAAAGUGAAAAAAUCAAAUGGAAUUUUAAAUUGAGUUAUGUGGAAAGUAGGCGUGUGGUUGUAGUCCGAUUUUGCCUAUUUUCACACCGUAACAUAGGAAUAUUAGAAAAAUUAGACGUACUAAAUUUAGUCGAAAUCGGUUGGUCGGGUUCCGAGAUAUGGGAUUUCACCAAAAAGUGGGUGGUGCAAUGCCCAUUGUCCAAUUUUCACACCGGUUCUCAUAAAACCUUCUCAUAUCAUCUCGGAGAAAAAAUUUAAUAUUUCUGGCGUUAUGGAUUUAUUGCGCUUUUAGUAGUUUUGAACUGUAUUGUGAUAUGGUGAGUGAGCGGGGGUAUCUACCGAUUUCAUUCAAUUUCACACUGUCGGUAGGGGUUCUUAAAAUAUUCGAGCUCAGCAAAUUUGGUUGCUGUGGCUUUAGUGGCUUAGGAGAUAUGUUCAUUAAACAUAGUAGAGGGCGUGGCCACGCCCACUUUUCCAAAAUUUUUUACCCACAGGUGCCCCUUGGCACUGCGUUCCUCUGUGCCAAAUUAUAAUUUUAUAUCUCCAUUUAGUGCUUAGUUAUGGCACUUUAUAAGUUUUCGGCUGAUGGCGAUUGUAUGUCUCUGACGUGUUUGUUUUUUGAUUUAUUACGAUUUUAGUAGUAGUUAGAUUUGUGGGCGUGGCAGUGGUCCAAUUACGCCCAUCUACGAACUCGAAAUACAUCUGUACAUGCGUUGCUUCGAGUAUGUGAAAUGUUGAAAUAGUCGGCGCUUCUUACCUGUUUGAUAUUCUUUUCAAUUUAGAAAGAAUUAAAGGUUGAAACUAUUAUUUUAUGUAAACUGUUUUUUAUUCAAUGAAACUAAUUGUACAGGUAAAUAUAACUAUAUCUAUUAUACUACGAUUUUAAUGUUUUACUCGUAGUACUCUUGCUCGAUGAUGUUACUAUAAUUUUACAAAUCUUCUGUUCUCUGGAUUUCUUAUUCUAAAUUUAAGCAAACGCAGUUGCUCUUAUGCUGUUGUCUAAAAUUAAAAUUAAAUUAAAA